UAUCCGCGUUGCGAUGCUUCCUCCUCAUCGCCGCGUUGCGAGUCUCCGUCCUCAUCGUAAUUCCUCGCUAUCACCUACAACCAAACCGCAACCAUGCCUCCCCGUCUCACCUCUUCCCUGCGCUUCCCUAUUCUUCGCCGCCUGUAUUCCACAGCCGCAGAUUCAGGGCCCCUCAUCCGUGUCACGAACCUCCCCGCCCCCGGCUCCGGCCACAUUCGCGUCCUCGAGCUCAACCGACCUUCUGCUCGCAAUGCUAUUUCUCGCUCCCUUAUAGCUGCUCUUCGCGCCGAGCUUGAUGACCUCCAUCAGCAAUAUACGCCUGAGGGCAAUGAGACGCCGCACGCUGUGGCGACAAGUAAUGGACCGACGAGAGCCGUGGUUCUUGCUAGUGCCGUAGACGCGUGCUUCUGCGCCGGCGCAGAUCUGAAGGAGCGCAAGACCUUCACCCAGAAGGAAACCGCCGAAUUUCUCUCCAACCUCCGCGACACCUUCAACUCCCUCUCCGCCCUUCCCAUCCCCUCCAUCUGCGCCAUCUCCUCAAUCGCCCUCGGCGGCGGCCUCGAACUCGCUCUCACAACCGACCUCCGCGUUCUCUCCUCCAACGCCGUAGUCGGUCUCCCCGAGACCCGCCUGGGCAUCAUCCCCGGCGGCGGCGGCUGCCACCGUCUUCCCCCCCUGAUUGGCCCCUCCCGCGCCCGCGACGUCAUCCUGACCGGCCGACGCGUCGCCGCCCCGGAGGCGUACUUCCUCGGCAUCGCGGAUAGGCUCGUCGAGGUGCAGCAGCUAGAAGAGGUGCCCGAGGGUGGCGAAAAGGAGGAUGUGCUGUCUUUGGCGAGGAAGGCGACGUUGAGUGAGGCUGUGAGAUUGGCGCAGGAGAUUUGUGAGGGAGCGCCGGUGGCGAUCAGGGCUAGUUUGGAGGCGGUAAUGUGGGCCAGGGAAGAUAAGGAGAACCAGAUGUCCGAGCGCGUCGUAGUUACGGAGGAUAGGAACGAGGCGCUCAAAGCAUUUGCCGAGAAGAGGAAGCCCGUCUUCAAGGGUCGCUAGAGGCUUAUUACUAUAUAUCAAUCAAUAGUACAGGACGUUCAAACUAUAAUAGAGGAAGGAUGUGGGGGCAUAGUAUAAUAUCGAAG